AGCGGGCGAGUCGCGUCGUAUCUCGCCGACCGGAUGGAGAGACAGAGCCGAGCCGAGCCGAGCCGAGACGAACCGAGCGACAGGAGCGCGCACCGCAUCUCAGUGCGUCACGCCGCGUGUCACGAGUGCUGGUUGCCACGCCGUGUGCUCCGUUUUUUUUCCUUCUUUCUCUCUCUCUCUCUCUCUCUUUCUCUGUCCCUCUUUUCCUCCUCUCCUCCUCUCUCCGCCGCGUUUUUCGGCAGACUCGUUCCGCGAGUCCCUCGGGUCCUUGGACCCUCGCGAAGAGCCGCGAUCACGCCCGAAGUUCUUUAUCAGCGGGAGAGCGAUAAUGUGAUCGUGGCGUAGCAGCUCGACGAAGGAGAUAUCGGGAAAAGUGUUGUAUGCUUGCCGAGGAUUCCUCGCGUGGAAAUUUCAAGUCUCUUUACGACGCUUGGUGAUUGUAGUAAGUUGUGACAAUAGUGAUCGUGUCUAGGUGGCUUCGUUCAAUUGUGCUCCGAUCGCUAUGUGUACCACUUGUGCGCGACAGACGCAAGAUAGACAGAGAAUUUAUAAAAGCCUAUACACGUGUACUCGCUUGUUCGCUUAUCGAUACAUGUGAUUGUAAAUCGAAGAAAGAUUGUGAAACGAGGAUCGGUCGAUUGGGUUCUCGUGUUUCGUUCUUGGUUUCUGGGUUCUGUGUGAUCACGUGUGUGUUCAAUGAUAAUCGUCGCGGUGCUCUCGACACCUUCAAACGAGAAACAUAUACGCAUCUUCUUCCUGACAGAAACUAUAAACCACCUCUCGAGCGCAACAUCCUCGGCCGAUUUGACUGUUGAAUCGAUGUUGAAGACUUGUCAGUUUGAUCGACACGAUUAUCCGUCACGAGCGAUCGUCGAGCGCGACGAGAUCGAGGAGGAGACUUUAAAGAGGAGCGGCAACGUUUGUCUUGGCGCCCACGUGAGAGACAAUCAUGGACGAUCGGGAGAGUCCGUUUGUGCGAGCGCAGGCCAGCAGGAGCCUGAUUCGGCCGCAAGCGCGAAAAUUAGCGUGUCUGUCGCCGUCGUCCGCGACGCGUCAGAUGACGAAUCGAUCGCCGAUCGUGAACCGCGAGCCGAUGAGCCCGAUAGUCGGUGGCACGCCGCCGAAACGCUUGUCGGCCUCGCACGCGCCCUUGGAGAGUCUGAAGCAGUGGGAGCUGGUGGAGGACGACAGGGGUCUGCAGGUGGUCGAGAAACGCACCGGCGUCCCGAGUCCCAUCAGGCCCAAGGAGACAGUUCCUGGCGUUGCGAGCCCGCUUUACGAUCGCUCCACCCCCGUUUCCGGACGCAGGUUCCUCGCUGGCACCAACAUGGACGCGAAUCUGGAGGAGAAGCUGCGGGUCUUCAAUCAGUCCAAGAUCAUUCAGCCGAUCGGGCUGCCGUUCGCCCAACAGGAAUUGGCGUUGACGGAGACCGAAGCCUCCCAGCCGCUCAGUCUCGAUCUGAUUCUGAAGCAGCAACAGCAACGUAUCCCGAGCACGAUCGAGAGCACCGAUAUGCUGCAGCGUUUGGAACAGCAAGUCAAGGCCAUCGAGAUGAGCACAAUGGCCGCGAGGACGACGCGUCAGCUGGAGAACAGCUCGGAUUUCGGGCCAGAAGUGCAGCUAAGGUACCGGGAGCACGAGGACCUGCUGCGAAACGUCACCGACGACGAGGCCGAGGGGGCCUCGCCGUUGCAACGUGGAGAUGCGACGCGGAAUUCCACCGGAAAUGCCGGAAUCACGCCAAAGAAGCCCGCCGUUAAGUUGUCCAGGACCGCCUCGGACACGCGGCGCGGACAGGAAGCGGAAAUGAGAGCACAGGCCAGGAUGCCGCAGACUCGCGCGCUCGUUCGGCCGAUAGUUCCCAAGAGGGAUCAUCAGCAGCGUCAUCAGCAACAGCAACAGCAGAACAAUGCGGCGACCAGCAUCCCGCUCAGGCCGUUGUCAGACAUCAUGCAGAAGAGUAUUCAAAGCGAGAAGGAGACGGGGGAUGGCGUAGGGGUGUCGAGUACCGGAGGCCGACUCUCUUCGAGAAGUCGGACCUCCGAGGAGCCUCACAUCGGCAAGUACAAAUUACUGAAAACCAUCGGUAAGGGUAACUUUGCCAAGGUGAAACUUGCCAAGCAUGUGCCCACGGGAAAGGAAGUAGCUAUCAAGAUCAUCGAUAAAACUCAAUUGAAUCCCGGUAGUCUUCAAAAGCUGUUUCGAGAAGUCAGGAUAAUGAAGAUGCUCGAUCAUCCGAACAUAGUGAAACUGUUUCAAGUAAUCGAAACUGAAAAAACAUUGUACCUAGUAAUGGAGUAUGCCAGCGGCGGCGAAGUCUUCGAUUACCUGGUCUUGCAUGGUCGGAUGAAGGAGAAAGAAGCGAGGGCGAAGUUCAGGCAGAUCGUUUCUGCCGUGCAAUACUGCCAUCAAAAGAAGAUCAUUCACAGGGACUUGAAAGCCGAGAACCUGUUGCUCGAUAGCGAAAUGAAUAUCAAGAUUGCCGAUUUCGGUUUUAGCAAUGAAUUUACACCCGGUAACAAGUUAGACACAUUUUGCGGCUCGCCGCCUUACGCCGCCCCGGAGCUCUUUCAAGGAAAGAAAUACGAUGGCCCGGAAGUCGAUGUAUGGUCGUUAGGCGUAAUCCUGUACACACUGGUAUCCGGUUCACUGCCUUUCGAUGGUUCGACGUUGAGAGAAUUGAGGGAAAGAGUAUUAAGGGGGAAAUAUAGGAUUCCAUUUUAUAUGUCCACCGACUGUGAAAAUCUUCUCAAAAAAUUCUUGGUGCUCAACCCGACGAAGAGAGCCUCACUAGAGGUAUGUGAUGAUCAGAAUAUAAUGAAAGAUAAAUGGAUGAACAUGGGAUACGAAGAUGAUGAAUUAAAACCGUACUUAGAACCUGAACCUGAUUAUAGAGACCACAAGAGGAUAGGUGAGUCUGCCAAGGCCCUAGCUAGUUUGGGAUAUACUCGAAGCGAGAUAGAGGAUUCCUUAGGACAAGCAAAGUACGAUGACGUAUUCGCCACGUACUUGCUUCUAGGCAGGAAAACGACAGACCCUGAAAGCGACGGAUCACGGUCGGGUAGUUCAUUAUCGCUGCGUAACAUUCCACCACAGGUCAGCUCAGGUGGUGGAGGUGGGAGCAGCGGGGGAACAGGUGGCGCAGUACAAAGUCCAUCGCACAGAGGUGUUCACAGAAGUAUUUCUGCUAGCAAUCCAAAACCCAGUAGACGGGCUUCGUCUGGUGGCGAAACUCUUCGAGGCGCGCCAAGUCCGGGUAAUGCAACGAAUCACAAUCACGCGACUGCGGUAACUGGCACAGCUGUGACUGGAAGCGGUGGUAGCAAUUUUAAACGACAAAAUACCGUGGAUGCAGCCACAAUUAAAGAAAAUAGCGCUCGUGUUUCUGCAAGUCGGCCCUCCGCACCAAAAAACAGUCAGCCGCCUGGGCAAUUAGAUACCAUGACAAUGUUCAUUCUAGGCGUGGGUACAAGUCCUGGUGGUAAAGCGAGGGUAGGCAAGAGCAACACAAUGAAUGCAGGAGUAGGUGGUGGUCGACCACUUACCUCACCUGCUCCUGGUUCUGUUGGUCGACGUAGCACCAUCUCCUACGAUCAAGCAAAAACAUCAUCUUCAUCUACCGAAAGAACCAACGAAGUACCCAGUUUUGUGCACAGCCUGGGCGAGGGCACUAGACCGACGCGGGGUCACACGAAGUCUGCGAGCAUCAGCGCAGGUCACCGUUCCUCAAGUGGUGUACCCCCCAGCGACCAUUCACUACUGGACCCUCAACCACGCAACGCCCACAACUCCUUACUCGCCACCGCUGACCCCCUUAGGCAGAGCUUGGGUGUAUGUGCGAGCAACAGACUGGCAACAGCCACUACGCCAGCGUUUCCACGGAAUGUACCGAGUCGCAGUACGUUUCAUUCUGGCCAAAAUAGAGCACAGCGAAAUCACACUCAGGGUCACACACAAACGCAAGACACGAAUGCGAUUAGCCCUCUAGCAAGGCCGUCCUUCUUCUCGAAGUUAUCCUCGAAAUUCUCCAAACGCCCCAUGGACCCAUCCGUACCCCCCAAGCACCUAGUAGUGAGCGGAGCUACUACUAACGAUGAACAAGUUAAGCCGCGCAGUCUACGCUUCACGUGGAGUAUGAAGACUACCAGUAGUCGAGACCCUAACGAAAUUAUGUCUGAAAUCCGAAAGGUGUUGGACGCUAAUAAAUGCCAGUACGAGCAACGCGAACGAUUUCUCUUGUUGUGUGCGCACGGCGAAGCAGCGACUGACAGCCAGGUGCAGUGGGAGAUCGAGGUCUGCAAACUGCCACGACUUUCUCUGAAUGGGGUACGAUUCAAGCGUAUCUCCGGCACAUCGAUCGGUUUCAAAAAUAUCGCCAGCAAGAUCGCGAACGAGCUCAAGCUGUGACUGUCGGCUACGGGCGCCCUAGCCGCCAAUCGCGCCAAUCCAUAACGACCUCGUGAACGUAGCCACCAAGUGGCGGUAGUCACCGAGGAGUUUUACUCUUGUUUCUUCUUCUGGGACUCCGACUCCGAAUCCGAUACCCAAGAAAUAUUCGUUUAAACGAUUUUCCUUUGGCCCCCCCUCCUCCCUUCCUCCGAGGUCGACGAGUGUCGUCGUCAAAUGAACGAAAAAGGGAAAGGAAGAAAGAGAGAGAGAAAAACAGAGAUGCCCUCGUCUACAUUGGAGGUACCGCUGUUAACGGUUCGUUGAUAAAGUUCGAAACUGUGAUCCGCGCGUGACGGCUAAUACGUAUUUAAAAAUACUCCCGAGUGCCAAAAUGAAGAACUAGGUCGGGUCCUCGUGACGCUCGUGAGAGCAAGAAAAAAAAAUAGAAUGAAAGAUAAGAAAAAUGGACGGACCUGAUGACCUGACUUACGAAGAAGCUGGCGUUAGACACACACAAUAAUCUAUUAGUUUAUUAGUUUCGAAUUUUCAUUGUCGAUAACACAGGGAAACGUGCAUCCGAACGAAAAUAAUUAAUGUCAUGCUUACAGGUCGACUUGCCCUCCCGACUCCUGAGCAAUCCAUCUAUCAUAAACUGUCAACUUCAUUUCUAAACAGUAUUAUAUGUCUUGUGUUUAUUCUUGAUGUUGAAGCUGUCUGCAUUCGAAUUAGUAUGUUUCUGAAAUGUGUAAUCGUAUGCUAUUGCUUCGCUGUGAAAAUACUGAAAGAUUAACGUAGAAUUGGAACGUGAAGAUUCCAAUCGGAUCAUCAAAUGUGCCUAAUGAAGCAUCUCUCACAUAGAUUACGUCUUUCACGGGAACUAUGUUCCUUGUAUUAUAAACUAAUGCAUUCUAUUUCCGUUCUCGCGGAAGGGAAAAGAAGCAGUGCAUCUACAACGUCAAGAGAAUUCUCCAUAACUUCCUGUUUUUCUCCGAUCUUACGUUUUAUAUAUGAAAAAUUUUACCAGCGCGUUUUUGCCUGUAAACAAUUUGACAAAAGCUGAUCGAGGGAUACGCAUAGUGUUGUAUGUCGAUAUGUUGAAUCUAUCCUUCAUUUUAUCAUACGCAUUAACCGGAUAAUAAUUCAAUUACGAAUAUGUAGGAGCUAUUUUAAUUUGUGUUGCGCAACGUGUGUGCGGCACGCUUAUUUUUUUCGAACAUUUUUAUGAUACUUUACUUCUUUUUUUUAUCUGUAGAAUAUAAGUUUUUGAAAAUACACAGCACUAUAUAGACAUUAGCCAAUUAAAGCAUAUAAUAAUUAUUAUUAAUAAUAUUUUUAUUUCUAUCAUAGAGACGACAAGUAUAUAUAGUAUACACAAUACUAUAUGAAGGUAGAGAAGCAGAGAAGUUAUUAAUAUAAUUUAGGAAUACCAUCGAGUUAUUAUCACUCGCAUUUCAUGUGAAUAAUACACGCAAGUACUUCAUCAUUCUUCGAAGAAUUGGAAUUAUAUAAACCUAAAUUACUUCAGAGUAAUAAUGAGAUCUGUUAUUUCUACAUGAAGAAUACGAUAAUAUUAAAUUUAAGUAUUGUAAUUGGCUAUAUUGUAUUACACACAUUUAAAAUCCUUUCAUUCGCAAAGAUAUUUGUAAUUGAAUGAAGUAAAAUUAGGAACACUGUACACUGUAGAAGCGAACUAGAGAGACUUGGUGUAUGUAAUAUAUAUUACGAAGGUACUAAAUUAAUAGAGAGAGAAAAAGAGAGAGAGUGAGAGAGAGAAAGAGAGAGAGAGAGAGAGAGAGAACUUCACACACACCAAGAUCAUACACUUUGGAACUCGAGUAUCGCAAACUUUUUAUAUUUGCCUAAGAUUAAUGAAGUAUGUUACACUAAAAUAGGCAAUGACUAAUUUAUUUACAUACUAUAUAAACUCAAUGAUUUUUCACAUUUCUAACACUUGCUACACGAGAAAUACGGAUUAACUUCAACGCACCGACACCAUGUACAAUCGCGGUACAUCGUGUUGCGAAUCGUGAAACGACUGAUAGCAACUAAGUAUCGGCGCCAAUUGUCUGUUACCGAACAUCUUGAUAAAGAUUCUAAGUGCUACGAUGAUUAACGCAGCACUGGCAUCGGGACUUACCUUCUUUGUGUAUAACCAUACCAGUUUCGUGUCGUCGGAUUAUUCCAUUUCAACCAAUAAGCAAGAUAAUGUAAUAUAACGACAUAGUAAUAGCGAUUAUAGUAAUUAUCAAGAUUCACAAAGAGAGUCAAGUUUAACGCAAACAUUUAUACCCCUCUAAGAAAAAGAGAGAAUCCAAUCAUUGUUAUAGAAAAUUAGACUAGAGGAUAUAAUGAUCGAAAGUUUCGUUUGUUCCUGCAGCGUAAUCAGAGUUAGUAUUACAAUACUGAACAUCAUUAUCAUCUUGUAAAAAAGAACAAAAGGAAUGUAAUCCGGAAGCGGUUGUUGUAACAAAAUGACUCUAUAGAGAUACACACACAUACACAGACAUACACAUCAUAAUAGUGAUUAUUAUUAUUAUUAAUGUUAACGUAAGGUCCUUCAAAUAGCAUUAAUGAUAAAUUCCUCCCUUCUCCCUUCCCCUGGCAUAUAGACGAAUUAAUUAUAUACCGUAAUCUAUACAUAAAAACCCACCCUUCGCUCGCUUGCUUUAUGAAAAAAAUAAAUGUAUAAAUUAACAAUUGAAAGAGAGAGACAGAGAGAAAGAGAGAGAAAGAGAAGGAGAUAUAAAUCUAAGAACACAUUCAGGAUUUUAACACACGUGAAGAAAGAAUUUAUUAAGAAAUCGAUUAGAAUCGCAGAGCUGCACGGGCGACAUUUAGAAUUUCCGAUUACGUAACGUCGGAGAGAAGAGCUUCUCUUAUGAUCUUUUUUUUUUCUUUCUUUCUUUUGUACGUAAAAUAAGCGCGCUGUGAAAUAUAUAUUUCUUCCGCGUGCGUGUGUAUGUGGGUUGCCCGUACAGCUGUGCAUCUCUUACUCUGCACGCACAUAUACACGAAUACAUAUAUACAUACAUAUAUUAUACAUACACAACAUACACAUACACGUCAGUCUCUGUAGAUAGGUACAUACAUACAGCUUUGCUAAAUGUUUUCUGGUGAUCGGUAUCUAGCCAAAAUGUAGCGAAACGUUUAUAAUAAAAUGAUAACACGCA